CGGACGAUGCUCAGGCCAGACACUGUUCCCUUGUGACUCUUCAUUGUCCCUUUCUCUCCCUUCUCUAUAUGAUCAAUUUGAUUCACCACUCAGCUAACAGUAAAACAUGCAACAUUCUCUCGUUUCUGCUGGCCUCCUGGUUUUCUCCUUUCUUUUAGUUGCUUCUCUGAUUGCAGCAUAUGAUGGUCCACUAUAUGAUUUUACUGCUUAUACAGAGUGUCAAGCAUGGCCGGAAAAGCCACUAUACGGUGGAGGAAUUCUGAAACAUCAGCCUCCGAUGGUUAGCCAGAACAAUGGCAAAUUUGCCAUUGGUGUCUACACACCGGCUUUCAUAUUGUACAAUCUCACCCAGGGCACCAUUUACUGUUUCUCCAGCUGGGUGAGAAUAGAAGGUGUAGAAUCAGCCCUUAUAACAGCAAGCCUCAGGACAGACAAUGAGAUGUACAAUUGCAUUGGGACAGUUUUGGCUAGGAGCGGAUGUUGGUCAUUUCUCAAGGGUGGAUUUGUCCUUGAUUCACCUUCAGAUGUAUCUAUACUAGUAUUUCAGAAUACUGAUAAUAAGGUCAUUGAUAUAUCUAUUGAGAGUGGUGCGUUGCAGCCAUUUACUGAAGAGCAAUGGAGGAUCAACCAGCAAUACAUAAUUAACACUAAAAGGAAGCGUGCCAUGACAAUUCAUGUCUCGGAUGAACAUGGAGAUAUGUUAGAGGGGGCAGAAAUUUCCCUAGAGCAAACUUCCAAAGAUUUUCCAUUUGGAUCAGCAAUUGCAAGCACCAUCCUAGGGAAUUUGCCCUAUCAGAAAUGGUUUGUGGAUCGAUUCAAUGCAGCAGUGUUUGAAAAUGAAUUAAAGUGGUAUGCAACAGAACCCAAACAGGGGAAACUAAACUAUACCAUAGCAGACCAGAUGCUAGAGUUCGUCCGAGCCCACCAGGUAAUCGCCAGAGGCCACAACAUAUUCUGGGAAGACCCCAAGUACGCCCCGGAUUGGGUCCAGAACCUCACUGGUUCCGAGCUUCGGUUAGCUGUCAACUCAAGAAUACAAAGCCUGAUGACUAAAUACAAGGAACAGUUCAUUCACUGGGAUGUCAAUAACGAGAAUCUCCAUUUUGAUUUCUACGAGCAACGUCUGGGGCCUAAUGCAACAUUGGAAUUCUUCCUGACAGCACACCAGGUAGACCCCUUGGCUACCCUGUUCAUGAAUGAAUUCAAUGUGGUGGAGACUUGCAGUGAUGAAAAGUCCACCGUUGACAGCUACGUUGCAAGGUUGAGGGAGCUCAAAGAGGGUGGGGUUUACAUGGAUGGAAUUGGAUUGGAGAGUCAUUUUACAGUACCAAAUCCUCCUUUGAUGAGAGCCAUCUUGGAUAAAUUGGCUGCACUAAAGCUUCCCAUUUGGCUAACAGAAGUAGAUAUUAGCAGUUCACAAAGUAAAGAAAUGCAGGCUAUUUAUCUUGAACAAGUUUUAAGAGAGGGCUUUUCACAUCCUUCAGUGAAUGGGAUAAUGCUUUGGACUGCUCUCCAUCCUAAAGGGUGUUACCAAAUGUGCCUCACCGAUGAUAAUUUCCGGAACCUCCCCGCCGGGGAUGUGGUUGACCUACUGUUGAAGGAAUGGCAGACCGGCGAGGUAGAGGGGCAGACAGAUGAGCAUGGGUCAUUUAGCUUUUAUGGAUUCCUAGGUGAAUACAGGAUAAUGGUCAAGUAUGGAAACAGAACAUCAAAUUCUACGUUCUCACUCAGCAGAAGUGAUGAAACCGGACAUUUUAACAUUCAAUUAUGACUCACUAGAUUACAAUUAUCUAAUCAAGUGGAGUAUUAUCUAGGAGAAAAUCAGUAUUACAGGUUAUUAAAAAAAUCCCAAGAUUAGGGGAAACUUGUCUAGGAGACAAGGAAUAUUAGGUCCAUAUAAAAAAAAAUUGCCUUG